CACGCCGCUAGCACGACGAGUCAAGGUCUGGCUGAUACAAGCCGCUGAAAUCAUUAGAAUUGGGUUUUGGCAGUGUUUUGUGCUCUUUCGGUCCUCAUCCAUCGGUCUCCAGCGGCGCAACACGUGUAACCUAGCCUCUCUGGUCAGCAUCACUGCAGCAGUCUCGGAGCCUCACCAGCACACGCGGUGCGCCUAUGGACCAGCGCUUCCCCGAGUGCAAAGACCUGCACGCACUCUACCGCAAGUGCUUCGCCCAACAACCGUUCCGCUGGGGCCAGGCCACGGGCACCACAGAGGACAAGUGCGAGGACGCCUACGAGGCGUUUCGGGAGUGCGUCGAGAACUCGCUCGAAAAACAAAAAGACAAGAAAUGAUCGCUCCGGUCCUGUUGUUCAUAGGCCUCCGCUAUUCAGAAAGACGGCGACACGUCCUAAAGGCGUCGGAGGACGUCCUGCUCCUGGAAGCUGGAAUAGAGGACCUGGGCGAGGCGUCCGUGCUGUUAGUGACGUCGUUUUUCGGCGAAAGAAACCCGUCCUUUCUAGCCGUGGCGGCCCAUCGGGAGCACCGUAGACUAAGAGAGCACCACGGCGGCGACAAACACAUCCAGCUCAUCGCGCGCUCGCCGGCAGGCGAUGCUGUGGGGUAUGUGGAUUGUGACGGGCGGCCGUCGAAGUCGCCGGGACGGCCUCGACCAUAUGUCUCUGACUUAGCUGUGCGGGAGGAUUAUCGGCGCCGAGGCCUGGCGACGUGCUUAGUCCAGAAAUGCGAAUCUAUUGUUAAAGCCUGGGCCUUCGACCGCGUCUUCCUGAAGGUCGAGGCGUCGAACGAAGCUGCUCGCAAAAUGUACGGCGAGCUGGGCUACGAGGUCGUGGCCAUGGACGGCGCGCCGUCAAAACAAAUCUGUACCAUUAAGAAGUCCCUACUCUGAGCUUGCCUACUAGACUCGCGUCGAAG